UUGCCAGCUGCAGUGCCGCUGUCUUGACGGCAGAGGGCGAAAGCCACGCCACUGGAUCAGAGCCGGGGAAACAGCGCCGCAUCAGAGCGCGCAUGCGCAGUGCACCUAGAGUAGGCCGCGGCCUGCUGUCACCGUUCGUUCGCUCGCCCGAGCGGGGUUUCCUCUCGCGGCUCGGAAGGAGCCGCGGCUGUCCCGGCGGGAUGUUCGUGGCGCUGAACGAACUGCUCGGGGCCUCCGUGGAGGAGCCGGAGCGGAGCAAAUUGAUUCUGCUUUGUGCCACGAAGACGGACGCCAGUUUUCUGGUCCACCAUUUUCUCUCCUUCUACCUCAAAGCCCGCUGCAAAGUCUGUUUUUUGUCCUUCGCGCAAUCCUUCAGCCAUUUCAACUCUGUGGCACAAAAGCUGGGAGUCAAUCUCCUUACAGCCAAGGAACAAAGCCAGCUGGUGUUCUUUGAAGGGUUGAAAUCAGCAAAUCAGGUUUUGUUCGGCGACGGACAAGAAUCUGAGGACCUCAAUCCUUUCCAAUUCGUCAGCGGAGACGGGUCAGAUCUGAAACAACUUUACCAUUUUGUCCGGACAUCCCUGUAUCCUUCUGCUGACGGAUAUCGGGGGAAGUUCCCCGUUCUGAUUGUUGACGAUCUUGGUGUCCUAUUAAGUCUUGGGGUACGGCUGACGGACAUCCUGAAUUUUGUUCACUAUUGCCGGGCGACCGUUAACACCGAACUGAAGGGGAACUUGGUUUUCAUGAUGCGGAGCAGUGAAGAUUCGGAGGACGAGGAAAAUGAACUUCUGGUGAAGGCCCUUCGUCAUCAGGCCAACAGCAUCCUGUGGGCCGAAGGUCUGGCCAGCGGCUACUGCAAGGAAGUCCAUGGACAGCUGACCAUCCUGGAAAAGGAUUCCCGGGAAUCCAGCGUGACAAAAGAUCCCCGGCGGGUUUACCAGUAUCAGAUCCAAGAUAAAAACGUCGCGUUCUUUGCCCGAGGGAUGUCGGCAGCCGUGUUGUGACCAAAAGGUUGCCGGUGGUCCCGGAUAUGGAUUGGAGGGGAUCCUGAGAGAUCCAGGAGGAUCGGUGAUCUCUGAGGGAUCAGAUUUGAUCUGAUUUUGAAUCCAGGGUCGAUCGUGGGCAGUCGAUCCAGAACAACGAUGCAAAGAGAUUGUGAUGCAAUAAAGGAGGUGUAAUCGAA